AUGGAUAAAACCAAAUACAUCGAUUUUCAUAAAGUUCGCAUUUUCAUAAAUAGAUACUCUCGACUUGAAGGUUUCCUUCCCCAUGCAGCCGACCAACACGGGGGUGGUUUGGCUCUCUUUCCCAGAAUAUUAUUCUCCCUCUCUUUCGUCGCUUUUAUGACUCCCUUUAGCUCUCUCUCUCUCUUAAUGUUUCUUUUUCGUUCUCUUUUUAUUUUCUUUUUAUAUAUUUUUUCUAGUCUAUACUACCUUCCCGUCAUUUCCGCUUCUCUGUUUUUCGUUGUCGACUUUUUUUCUUUUUGUUUCUUUUCUUAUUUUCAUCUUUUGCUUUUUUUCCCUCCCACUCACUUUUUUGGUCAUUCCCUUAUCUUUCCCUCUCUCUCUCUCUCUCUCUCUCUCUCUCUCUCUCUCUAUCUAUCUAUCUAUCUAUCUAUCUCUUUUUCUAUCUAUCUCCCCCUCUCACUCUCAAUUACUUUUCUUUUUCACCGACAUAUUUCUUUUUUCAUCCUCCAUUUUCUAUUUCUUUCCUUGCCCAGCAAGAACAACGAACGUCUCAGUGUUGAAACUGAACUAAGAAUCAAUCCAUUCGAUGAACGCACCUCUUUCUAUUCACCCAGAAGAAACAGACUUCACAUUUAG